UUCAAGCAUGCUAACGCGGUCGUUCUUCGCCUAGGAAUUGCUGACGUGACAUCUGUUUCAAUCUUCUGUCUAUUUCGUAUUAAAAGCGAACUCCCUUCCUUGGGUCCACAAUUCGUGCCUCUGUUUCGAAUUGGUGGUAUUGUUGGCUGUACAUCUUUUGCUGCCCAUAUGCUUGGAAAUAUGCUCAUCGCAGUUAAUCGGUUCUCUGCACUUUGCCUAAAAGAAAGGUAUGAAAAGGUUUGGAACCGGAGAAAUGUACGUAUUAUAAUAGGACUACAAUAUGGCUGUGCCUUUGCAGCUUUCAUUCCACUAUUCAAAGCAGAAUACAUCUUUAUCAAGAAAGAUGAUGGAACUUUCUUGUAUAUGGGCAUGGAUAAACGAAGCGAUCUGGGUAUGCUCUUUUACACAACAAUUGUGUUUUUGUUCACCAUGUUAAUGUGCACGCAGCAAGUGUUGAAGGGAAUCGCAACCAUGACUGGAGAUGAUGCACUGAAUGUUUGGGCAUCCAUGCAGUUUUUUUGGUUAAACGACAUUAUGGUCAGUAUACCACCGUUCUCUCUGCUGAUAUUCAACAAGGAACUCCGCAGCGACAUAUACAACUUCUUUCGAUGUCAAAGAUAUCAGCGCAGCAACGUCGUCUCUGUCUCUACGUGUGAAAAUCGAACCAUCGCUACUGGCCUCAACAAGUUUUUUGAUCGUCGUACAUUUGCUCGCUCUACCUAUUGA